AUGAUGUUGACAUUGUUACGACACGGAGCAGAGGUGAAUAGCGUAAACUUUGAGGGUCAGACUCCACUUCACGGCGCCUGCACAAAUGGAAAUAGGAAAAUGACGCAGGUUUUGCUAAACUGUGGUGCCUUGGUUGACAAGCCAGAUAGGCAGGGUGAAACUGCUUUGCAUAAAGCUGCCUCAAACGGCCAAACUAGCGUUAUCCCAAUACUACUUAAACGGCGAGCGCGUAUUGAUGCUUUAGACAACCUUGGAAACACCCCUCUUCACCUCGCAUGUCUUCAGCCAAGCACAUUGGUCAUUGAAAUGCUAUUAGACAAUGGAGCUCGAGUGGAUAUUUGGAAUGAGGUAAAUUUUCUUUAA